UGCCGCCUCUUGUACAUCUGUGGAAGUUUUACGUAUGCUCGGCUUAUAUUUGGCACCCUUUACCCUGCAUAUUAUUCCUACAAGGCUGUGAAAUCAAAGGACAUUAAAGAAUAUGUCAAGUGGAUGAUGUACUGGAUUAUAUUUGCACUUUUCACCACAGCAGAGACAUUUACCGACAUCUUCCUUUGUUGGUUCCCAUUCUAUUAUGAACUAAAAAUAGCGUUUGUCGCCUGGCUGCUGUCUCCCUACACAAAAGGCUCCAGCCUCCUGUACAGGAAGUUUGUACAUCCCACGCUGUCUUCAAAAGAAAAGGAAAUCGAUGAUUGCUUGGUCCAAGCAAAAGACCGAAGUUACGAUGCCCUUGUGCACUUUGGGAAGCGGGGCUUGAAUGUGGCGGCCACAGCGGCAGUGAUGGCUGCUUCCAAGGGACAGGGUGCCUUAUCAGAGAGACUCCGGAGCUUCAGCAUGCAGGACCUCACCACCAUCCGGGGUGACGGUGCCCCUGCUCCCUCCAGCCCCCCACCGCCGGGGUCUGGGAGAGCCAGCGGCAAACACGGCCAGCCUAAGAUGUCCAGGAGUGCUUCUGAGAGUGCUGGCAGCUCAGUGUGUACCUGCUGCUCUACCUGCAGGACCCGGAAAGUGGUUGAGGGAGAUGUGAAUGAGGGUGGUGUGAAGGCGUGGGAGCCCCACGAGGUCCAAAACCCAUUGGCAUUUUCCGACGAGGAGGAGGAAGACCUGCUGGAUUUCAUGUACAAGUUUAAGGCACCUCGAAAGACGGAGUUCCCCCUGGAGGCACCGCCUAGAGUCCUUCGAUCCCGCUUUAGGAAGAAAAGUACCUCAUCCUCAGCCACUGAAACCACGUGAGUGAGAUGAGCCAGCAGCACCGGACCCACAGAAUGUUUCUUCUCUGCCUUAAAGAGCUAGUCACUAAUAACAUAGAAAUCCGCAAGCUGGCGUGCUUUGAGUGUGCAGCCUCACAGACACAGCCUUUUCUCUCUCUCCUCUUACACUUUUAAGAUUUUUAUUUUCCUUUUUUUUAUUUUGCUGGGGAGAGGCUAAAGGAAAAGGUAUGUGUGUGUGGGUGUGGGGGGUGAUCUUUAAGUCUUGAGGUUAGUAAUUUUCUGCAAUUGGAUUGUCAGCAGUGUAGUUUUAGAAAUAUAAGAGAUCACCCUCACACUGCUGAGAUGUACAUUUGUAAUUUAUUUGUUGCAUACUUCGUUUUUAGUCCUGUAAAUGCAAACAAAGCAAUUUUUUUAAACUUUUUUUUGUUCUUGGUACUAAUACUUUGGACUACAGUGUACAUAUUUAUGGCUUUUGGCUUAAUAUAAUGGACUCGCAAGGGCUGCCAGAGGUUCUGAUAUGUAAGAAAACUACAAGAUAUGUAAAAAGUUAUUUUGAUUCUAGAGAAUGUCUCAGAUGUGCUUAUAAAGCUUCCAAAUACAACCCUGGUAAAAACAUCCCUUUUCCUGCAGGAUGAUGGUCCAUAUUCUUCAGACAGAUGUAGUCAAUAGACCAGAGACGUUUAGAAUGAAAAGACACCUGGCUAAGAGCCUCUGAAUUUUGUCGAGGGAUUUACCGAUGCCUUAGGCAGGUGGCUCACCCUUGGUAAAACUUCCUGGGGAUGUGAACUCACAGGGCUGUUGUGAGGACUCAUUUUGAGUGUUCCAUCAGUGCUUGACAAAUGACUGUUUCUCCUCCAUAGUAACCAGUUCUGUGACUUAUGUCCCCGGGUAGAGGAGCCUAUAAUCUGAGCACCUAGAUUAAGGGAACAGGAAGCAAAACCAACCAUUCAACCCAAAACAAAGCAAACCUAGAACUAUGUUUCACAUAUGCUGUCAAAUACAUCUGAGAAACCUGUCAAAAUGCUGGGUUCUAGAAAGGUCUCAGAGGUUGAGAUCUUUAUGGGCCGACCUGCUGCUCAGCUCCCGGGGCGGCCGUGGCUUCUGGAGCUCCCGGCUUGUGCGGAACGUGGACGAGAGAAGUCGCGCUCACGGGCGCUGUACGUCUAACCACACGUCUUAUGCGAGCCAGGAUCGCUUAGUAGGAUAGAGCGCUAGCGAAGGGGACUCUUAGACUGAGAACUUUAUCUGAAAAGAAGAAUCUGGUUUACAUAGCAUUUCGGUCCGAGGUAGCUGCUCCCCACCCCCUUGGAGAGCUGAGCCUAAAUGUAGGACUUGUAUAUUUGUGCUUAGAGUUGGUGUUUUCUUUCAGUGUAAUGCAUGCAGUGGUCACAACCCAGUCGCUUAUAAUACUUGGAUCGUGUUUGUUCAUAGAUAUGCCCUGAAGACUAGAGAAUUAGUGUUAUGUACCACAUAGAACUCACUGUCAACCAGCUAUCAACAGGCCCAGGUAAAGACCGGCCCAUGACUGAGCUAUGCCAACAUGUGUCAGUAGCCUUUGCUGAUGACACACUGGCUGGAUCUUAGCCACCCCAGAAAGGGUUUUACCUGAAGUUGAUUGUUGCCAGGUAUGCACAUUUAAAUCCCUUAUUCUCACAAUUCCUCUGAAGGUGACUUUGUAAUUUACAGUAGGAUUUAGGAAAACAAACCUAAAAGCAAUUUGUGGCUCAGAGGGCAAACAUAGGCUCUUUAUGAUAUGCGCCCCACACCUGCCAAUACCUAAACCCAUGAGGGAAAGCAGAAUAUCUGUUUUCUUCAAUCUCACUGAAUAGUUCCAGAGGAAAAAUAUAUGCUUUAAAUGUAUUUAUCUGUGAGUUGGGAGUACCCAGAAUUAUCAGAAACAGCUUAAGCAGCUUUUUAGCAAUUUUUUUUUUUUGCCAAAACAAGAAAUGCCUUUAGCAGCAGAGAUCCUUCGUGAACAAACUAUAUUUUCGCCAUUUUACAAUGUAAAGUUUUAACAAGUACAAGCUAUCAAGUUUGCACUCAACUAUGCCAAAAACAAGUUUGAAGCACUCUACUCUCAGACAUGCUGUAUUACUGCUCACUCAAGAUUAAAACAAAUUAAAGGUAUCCAAACUGCUGUCUUAAUGUAAAUGCAACUAUUUUUCCUUCAAGUGUUGAUUAGGGAGUUGAUUUCUCUCUUAAAAACACUCACUGUACAAAGGAGAGCAGCUGUCAUAUUUCUGGCAAAACGUGUUUACUUAUCCAACAAGCUGUAUCUUUGUGUAUGGACUGACAUAAAAUGUGAAUGCCUCCAAGUUUA